AGAGGGGUCCGGCGCUGGGCAACCAGGAUGGUGGGGUCCGUGCCGCCUGGAACCUGAGUGAAGAGCACCGCAAUCUCAAAAUUUUCGACCUGGUCCUUCCCAACCCCACCUUCACUUAUUACUUAUUUCUACCUGAACCUCGACACAUCCUCCUUCUGCUUCUUCUUCCACAGAUACCCCUUUCCCUUCCCUCUACACACUCUUCAAAACGCAAAAAUGGGCUUCGCCGACCUUCUCACUGAUGCUGGUGCUGCCAUGCUGAACAGCUGGCUCACCACCCGCUCCUACAUCGUCGGCUCCACCCCUUCCCAGGCCGACGUUGCCACCUUCAAGGCUCUUACCUCUGCCCCUGAUGCCGAGAAGUACCCCCACGCCGCCAGAUGGUACAAGCACAUCGCCUCCUACGAGAGCGACUUCGCCACCCUUCCCGGUGAUGCGUCCAAGUCCUACUCCGUCUACGGCCCUGAGGCCACUGAGCUCCCCGUGAACCCCGCCAAGGCCCCCGCCGCCGAGGAGGAUGACGAGGAUGUCGACCUGUUCGGCUCCGACGACGAGGAGGAGGACGCCGAGGCUGCUCGCAUCCGUGAGGAGCGCCUCGCCGAGUACAAGAAGAAGAAGGACAACAAGCCCAAGCUUGCUGCCAAGUCUGUUGUGACCAUGGAUGUCAAGCCCUGGGAUGACGAGACUGACAUGGCUGCCCUCGAGGCUGCUGUCCGCGGCAUCGAGAAGGAUGGUCUCGUUUGGGGUGCUUCCAAGCUCGUCCCCGUCGGUUUCGGUAUCAGGAAGCUCCAGAUCAACCUCGUCAUCGAGGACGACAAGAUCAGCUUGUCUGACCUUGAGGAGGAGAUUGCCGAGUUUGAGGACUACGUCCAGUCCGUGGACAUUGCUGCUAUGCAGAAGCUGUAAGAAGCUUUAUGAUGAUCGGGAGGGAUGAUUUCACGAGGCAUGAUGGUGGAGACAUGAAAAAAAUUCCAUAGAAUCCUCACAAGAAAGGUUAUGGCUCAGGAAACGCAACAGUUUCUGGCACCAACAAAGGCAGCGUCCUUUGUCGCACAAAUAGUGCGGGCUUAAGGCCUUUUAUGAAUACAAAUGAGGUUAUGAAAACCUUUUGAAGAAGACAA